AUGACUCCCAUUCGCUAUCGCUACAAUGUUACUAUACUAGCUUAUGGCCAAACAGGAAGUGGUAAAACCCACUCAAUGGGUACAAAUUAUGUAGAAGAAGAAGAUAUGGGUGUUAUACCACGAGCAGUAUAUGAUAUAUUUAAUAUGAUUUCAUUAAAGGAUGAUUGGAGUUUUAAAAUUACAAUUUCAUUUAUAGAACUUUAUCAAGAACAAUUAUAUGAUUUAUUGGUUGAUAAACAGCGAAGUGCAUCUAUUGUUGAUAUUAGAGAUGAUGGAAAAAACAUAAAAGUUGCUGGGGUUGUUGAAAAAGAAGUUACAAAUGCAGUAGAAACAUUAUACUGCUUAACACAAGGAUCUUUACGUCGUGCAACAGGUGCUACAGCAAUGAAUGCACACAGUAGUAGGAGUCAUGCAAUAUUUACUUUAUGCAUAUAUCAACAAAAAAAAGGUGAUCCCAAUACAGCAACAACAUCAAAAUUUCAUCUAGUAGACUUAGCUGGAUCGGAACGUAGUAAGAAAACACAAGCAACUGGUGAAAGAUUUAAGGAAGGAGUUAACAUAAACAAAGGUUUAUUAGCAUUAGGAAAUGUUAUAUCUCAAUUAGGAGAAGGUGGUUCUAUGUCCUAUGUUGGAUAUCGAGAUAGCAAACUUACAAGAUUGUUGCAAGAUUCUCUUGGUGGUAAUUCUAUGACACUGAUGAUAGCAUGUGUUAGUCCAGCAGAUUACAAUUUAGAUGAAACAUUAAGUACAUUAAGAUAUGCAGACAGAGCACGUAAAAUAAAAAAUAAACCUAUGGUAAAUCAAGAUCCAAAGAUAUCGGAAAUAAAUAGAUUGAACAAGUUAAUACAAGAAUUGAAACUUACUUUGGUGGAUCAAGAUCUUAGGACAUCUUGUCCAAUUGAACAUCGAGAACUUGAAGUAAAGAAUCAAUCUUUGCAAAAGAAGAUAAGGGACCUGACCGAAAAAUUAAAUAAUAAUUUAAUUGAAACUGUACUUAUGCAUGAAAGGGCGGAACUAGCUGAACAAGCUAGAGAGAAAAUUCAAGCCGAUAUGGCGAAAAUAUUAGAAGAAUUUAAAGAACUCUUAGGUGUCUUUGAUAAAAAUUCUGAAAAACAUAAUGAGUACUAUACAAAGUUAGAAGCUUUAUACUUAAAAAUUCUUAAUAUUCAAAACGAUCAGAAGAAAACAUCAGAAGAACUUAUAAAUUGUGAAAUAUCAUCUGAAAAUGCAAAACUAUUCACAACUAGUGAUACAGAGGAAUCAGAACAUGCGUCUAUAGAUGAAUGUUCUGAAAAUCCAGAUAGUCUAGACGAUUUUGAUGAAAAACAUGAAGAACAUACCUUACUUCAAGUUAAAAGGAACAAUGAAGUACAAAAUAUCAAUAAGGAACUCGCUAUUAAGGAAAGUCUUAUAUGUCAACUCUUAAAGAAUUCAUCUCAAAUAAUUGAUUAUUCAAAAGAGAUACAAGAAAUGGAGCAAGAGAUAAAACGACUUCAAUCGGAAAGGGAAGAGCUUUUACAAGCGGUACAAAAUGUUCAAGCGAGUAAUGCUAGUUCAAAGCUUGCAGAAAGUAGACGGAAAAAGGUACAAGAACUGGAAAAGAAAAUAACGGAAUUAAGACGUAAAGUAACAGAGCAAGAUAAAAUAGUUAAAAUGAAAGAGAAACAAGAUCAACAAAUAAAAAAUCUAUCAAACGAAAUGCAAUUAUUGAAACAAACUAGGGUUAAAUUAAUUAGACAAAUGCGCAAUGAAUACGAUAAGUUUACAAAAUGGAAGGAAUCUAAGGAAAAGGAAGUAAAUAGAUUAAAGGAUCAAAAUAGAAAACAAAUAAACGAAGUAUCGCGUCUAAAAAUGUGGCAUAGUAAACAAGAAACCAUGUUUAAGAGAAAAAUGGCAGAAGCUUUUGCUGUCAACAAAAGAUUGAAAGAAGCUCUUGAUUUACAAAAAAGAUCAACAAUGAGGAAAGAAAAAAUGAAUAAUAAUGUUGAUAAAAUUCGAAGUUGGUUGACUCAAGAAGUAGAAAUAUUAGUAAGCACUGUUGAUGCAGAAUAUUCUCUCGAAAAAUUAAUGCAAGAUAGAGCUUCAUUGACAUGUAUGCUAGAAAAAUUUCGAAACAAUGAUGAUGCAAAUGAGAACAAAAUUGCUGAACUUAUGGAAUUUUUAGAUUUACGUAAUGCUCAAAUUACGGAUCUCCAGCAAAAAAUAGUUGAAUCGGACCAAGAAAGUAGAACAUAUACAAGGUGGCAGAAAAUGCACACAAUGGAUGAUGCAAGAUCUGCUCUUAAAAUAUUAUUUAAGCACAUUGCAGAAGAUAGAAGAAAACAAUGUGUAAAAGAAUCCGCGUACAAUGAACUUCUGGAGAAAUAUGAAUUAUUACAAGCACAAUUGGAAGAGUAUCGCGCAAAAGAGAAAGAAAGACGCAUGUCGAAGCAACUUGCAAUAAAUAACACAUGCAGUGUUAAAAAAUAUGAAACUGAAGAAAACAUUAAGCUGAAGGAAGAUUUGAAGUCUUAUCAAGAAGAAUGCCAACAGCUGGAGAAAAUAGUUUUGAAAAAGACCAACAACAGCCAAAAUAAAUUAAAAUCAAAAGUUUCUGAAAGGGUAACGAGAGAAGAUGAAUGCCCUCCAACAGACGACAGUAUUAUUACAGAUGAUGAUGUCGAAAAAGAUCCGGAUUGGACAAACACGCCACUUUAUAAUCGUAUUCAAAAACUUUUGAAUGCAACAAAAAAUUAUUCACUUGAUCGCAGAACAACGAAACGAACAUCUGAUGGAGAUAUAAAAUGUGGUUGUAAAACGAAGUGUUCGACACGCGUUUGUACAUGUCGUAAAAAUAAAACUAUAUGUAGUAACUGUAGUUGUAAUCCAGAAAUUUGCCAAAACAAAGAUUUAAAGAACUUGAAUCGUACAUUAUUUUUGGAUUAUAAAGAGGAAGAUCAAGAAAACGAUGAAUCUAUAAAAAAGCCGAGAGAUUCAAUUAUGGAUACAUUGAAGGAUACAUUGAUAUGUCGUUUAUGUGGUGUAAAUUUUGCAGAAGGAAAAUGUAAAAGCAUAUUCGAAGGAUCAGCUGAUUUAAUACAUAAAAUAAAGGAAAUAUUGCCAAUUUCAAUAUCUAUAAAUGAUAAUGGUUCAAAGUGCAUAUGCUUAUCGUGUUAUGACAAAAUCAUUCUUUAUUACAAAUUUAUACAAGAAGUUGUGGAAUAUUCUAAAGAAUUAGAAAAUACAUCACAAGUAAAAUGUUUCUUUGAUACAUAUACAUCUAAAGAAGUAACAAACUUUUCACAAAUUCAUAAUGAUGCUGUACAUACAUGCCCAAAUUGUAAUGUAGAUUUAAUGAUCUUAUUAGUCAGUAAUCCACAAGGCUCUAUAGAAGACAUUGAAAAUAUAUCUAAUCAAGUAAGUCUUACAUUACCUGUAUUAAAACAAGAAGAAAAUUUUAAUUAUAUUGAUACAUUGUCUGAGAAAGAAAACCCAGAAAUUAAAAUACACAAAAAAUUAGAAGGAAAGUUCAAUGAAUCUAAUUCUUAUGACUCUUCUGUUCAUUUAUCAAAAAUAUCAAAACUGAAAGAAAUAUUGUAUGUGUCUAAUGAGAAUUUAUUGAACUAUGAUUAUGAUUCUACAGAUCCAUUAGUAAAAAAUGAAGCUGAAAGUGAUAACACUUGUUGGCUAGACAGUGAGACUGAUUGUAAAAGUGAAAAGGACACAUAUAUAAUUGAAUCACAAAAUAUUAUACCUGAAAAAAAUGAUGCUCAAGAAGAAAGUGAUGUAUAUAGAUCUUGUUUAAAAUAUGUGUGUAAAUUAUGUGGGGUACGCUAUCUUUCACAUUUGAAAUAUGAAUUUCAUAUGGAAAGACACAAAUUAGAUAAAAUACAUAAAUAUGAGUGUACAAUAUGUGAUAAAGAAACAAGUAGUGAAAAUUUAUUGUGGGAUCAUUAUUUUCACACACAUAAAAGUUUACAGCGUUAUAUUUGUACAGAAUGUGGAAAAUUGUUUACAAAACGAUCUAGAUUAAAUGGUCACCAAAAAAAUUAUAAGCACUUUGGUAUAAAACAAAUACAAAUUAGUACUAGUGAAGGUAUUAGUGAAGAUGUUAUACAAAAGGCUAUAGUAACAACAAAACAAGAAAGAAUUUCUGUAAACUGUAAUCUCUGUGGUAAACUGAUUUCAGACUUAGAUCCAGAUGCUAUUAAUGACUUAGUUACAUGUACUACCUGUGAAUAUUCUACACUUUCUUUAAUGGUAGAUGGAAAUGAAACAAAAGUAAUCUCUCCACGUCAGUACCAUUGCUCUAAAUGUCCAAAACAUUUUGUACGAAAAGAAAGAUUAGAAUUUCAUGAAAUGAGGCAUAAUGAAAAUAUGAAUGAAUUUAUUUGUAGUACUUGUGGAAAAGAUUUUAGGGCGGAAAAUUCUUUGUACGAGCAUUACCUUUUUGUUCAUAAAGGAGCAAGACCUCACAUUUGUGAAUUAUGUGGUAAAUCAUUUCAGUUGAAAGCUAGAUUAAAAGAACAUCAUCGAAUUCAUACAGGUGAAAGACCAUAUCAAUGUGAUAUUUGUGGUCAACGAUGUAGAACUACUAAUGCUUUAAAACUUCAUAGAAAAAUCCACUUUUCUCAUAAUAGAUAUACUUGUAAUGUAUGUAAUAAGUCAUUUAGUAAAAAACAGAAUAUGAAUGAACAUUUAGAAAAACAUUGGAAAAAUGAUAAAAGUGUAACAUUACCGCAAUUAUUUACAUGUCCUAUUUGUUUAGAAGACUUUCCAACAUAUCGUAUGUUGAAAUAUCAUAUGAUAGAAGUUCAUGAAGUAAAUAAUCAGGAUCCAAUUCUGACUAAACAAAAACCAUGGUAUGAGUGUGCAGAAUGUCAUGAAAAAUUUAAACAUCAAAUGUCUUUAAAAGCACAUAAAGAGAGAGCACAUGAAGGAAGAGUAGAUCCAAUUUAUCAGUGUGACAUAUGUAAUGCUACAUAUAGAGUAAAACAACUUCUAGUUAAUCACAUUAAGAGCAAACAUAAUGGUGAAAGACGUUAUAAAUGUGCACAAUGUGAAAAAGGAUUUAAUGACACCAAGUCUUUAUACAAUCAUGUAUUAUUACAUACUGGUAAAAAACCAUUUGUUUGUGAAUAUUGUAACAUGAGUUUCAGAAGAAAAGAUUCUAGAGAUCAUCAUCGCAGGAAACAUACAGGUGAGCAACCUUAUCAAUGCCCAGAUUGUGGUGAAUCAUUUUCUACUUACAAUAAUCGAUCUAAACAUCGCAAACGAGAACAUGGAGAAGGAGAUCCUGAGUGUCCUGAAUGUGGUGAAAGAUGUAGCAAUCAACAAGAAAUUAGAAUACAUUUAAAUAAACAUCUUGGAGAA